ACACAAAACACAUAUGCCAUCAGAAACUAUCACCUUGGCAUGCCAUAUAUAGCUCUAGCUAUUUAAAUGACUUAGAGCCAGAAUGGAUGACGACUCCUUCUAUCUUUACGGAGUCGGCGAGAAACCAGAUGCCCUAACCCUAGGCAGUUUGGUGUUGGAGAAGUAUUGGAUGCCCCUCAUUGCGCGCCAUUAUACACAUGAUCCACUGCGAGGGCAGGAUCUAGAGGAAAAUGUCUGGUCAAGUAAACUCGAGAAUUUGGUGCUCCAUGGCCGAACACGGUUGAGUCCUGGCGUGGGUGUCAGUGGAUUCGAUAUAGUCGACUUGAAACUUGCAUGGAACAAAGACCAAGAGCGAUUUGUUACUGCAAGUUCUGGUCAAAAAUUGACUUUAAAAGACCCUGAAGCCUUUCUCUCCAACCACGUCCUCAUGAACCCCAAAGCCAGAUCCGCCCUAAAACUCUGGCUCUCCUCUGCCCGAAGCGACUACGUAAUGAACAUGCGCUGGGCCCGGCGACCCAAAAUCUGGUUCCUAACGGGCCUCUACAUUCUCAAGGGGGCACGCACGAUCGUUCGCAAACAGUCCUCAUCCACCAUCGAGGUAGGGUUAAAUUCUGCUAUUGUCGGUGCGUUAAGUGGUGUUCCCAUUGGGGGAUCUGUGUCCUUAGGGCAAGGCGAUGCGUGGGAAUUGCAGAUGGGUAUGGAGGAAGAGCAUGUCUGGGCUGCGCAGUAUCGGUUGAUUGAUGCGAAGUAUAUAGCUGUUUCGUCAAGGACUAGAAGUGAAGUCAUGGCAUUGCCGGCGACGAUGUCUUUGUAUAAGGAUAUUCUGAGCGUGAGGAAUAGGAGGACUACUUCUCAGCUGGCCGGUAGAAAUCUUGAUAUGGACGUUGAAGUCGGACUGCAACCGCCGUUUUACCGCGCACGACCUAUGAAAACUGUCACAGAUUUAGACUCAAUGUUCGAUUCGGUACCGGCAAGAGCUCCGAUCACAGCAGUACCGUAUGACUCAACGAGUGGGUUGACAGAAGUCAUAACCCUCGUUCCAGAAGAAGGGAAGCUGGAACUUGACGAUGACGAUGACGAAGAGUCCGAGGAAUCAUUUGAAGAAUACGAGAAAAGACUUGAAGAUGCCAUUCGCAUGUUUGAAGCUGCUCCCCCACGGUUUCUGGAGCGUUGAUCUGUUUAUAUUGUUCGCGUUAGCCAAUGAGGUUGUUGUAAGCUCGGUUUCAUAAUUGUUGUAUAGCCCUGCAAGGUAU